AUGUAUCAGAGAGAUCUUGAAAGUGCUAGUAACAGUUCUUCGAGUGAUACUGAAAGUGACCAAGGCAGAGUCGAAGCCUCAGAGGAAGUUUCCAAAAGAGGAUUUAAAUUUAGCCGUCAGCCAGUGUCAACUACAAAAACAACUGAAGUAACUCCAAGAGUAUCGAUAAUGGUCGACAAACAUGACACCGAAUCUGCAAGCGAUGAAGUCAGUCAGGAGGACAGCGAUGACGACAGAGUGGUAUUCAACAGACAACCUGAGCCAGCAGUUGCGCCCCCAACAGAGACAACUGGUGAAUAUCUCGAUGACUUUGCCAAAUACAGACAAAACAAAAAGAUUGAUGCCAUCCACAAGGAGAACAAAAGCGCCCCACCAACAGAACCAAAACUCAAGGGUAUGUUCCGUGUUCAGCUGAUCAACGACGAAGGUGUUUCAAAGCCAUGGGAGGAUAGAUACAUUGAUUUAUCAAAAGGUGGAUUGAUUAUGAAAGAAUCUGCAGAUGAUAGAAUUACCAGAGGAAAUCUUCAUCUAUAUGAUAUUGUAUUUUGUGAGCUAGCAGAGGAUCUUGUCACUGCUGAUACUCCAUAUGUCAUUCAGUUAAAAACCAGAUCUAGAUCGACUUGGAUUUUUAUUUUGGAUUCUCAAUCUACUUUAGAUGAAUGGAUAAAUGUAAUUUCCACAAAUAAAGGAAAAAUGAGUGAAGAAGAAUGGAAUACUCCACCACCUCCACCACCCACAUCAAGAUUCUCACCACAAAAGGAUUCAUAUACUCUUAAAACCUUUUUUGAGAACCGUAGACUCCUUGGUGGUAUGUGGAUGAUUUAUCUUUUCUUCUUGUGGAUUAUCGUUUUGGCAGUACUAUUUAUAUUACUCUGGAAACUCUAUGUUGCACCAUUCAAAAAUAUGGAAACAGAAACUUCCUCCUGUCUCGUAUUGAAUCAAGAUGUCCAAUAUUUAUUGAAGAAAAACUAUAAUAUUGUUAUGGAUGUACAAUAUGAUGUAAAUGGUACAUUGGUAACUAGUACAAUGAAACAACUUUGCCAAGGAAACAAAUGUCCAUCAUAUGCAGAAAGUGAAUGGCCAGUCAAUGAAUAUUCUACAUGCUACUAUGAUGUUGAUGAUAUCCAUUAUGUAUUCUUUGAAAAACAACCAAUGAUGAACAUGAGAUAUCAAAUCACAUUUGGUGUUUGUGGUGGUCUAUUAGCUCCUUGGUUAAUUUUCGUUUUAACAAUGCUAGUUGUUAGUAGAAAGUGGAUUAAAAGAGUUGUUAAAAAUGGAUGUUGGUAG